UGCAUCUGCAGCCUGUCGUAAAUGUCGAAAGAAGAAGAACCUUACAAGUAGAAGAUUUUGUUUCGUCAUUUAUUAAAUGUGAUUCGUGGAAGCAGGAACUUUGAACUAUUCCGCAUAAUGGAGUCAGUCAUAAAAAUUAAUCAAGGGGAUACUAAAUGGGACAUACGCCAUAAAGUAUGGAACUACAUCGAAGCAAAAAACCUAGCCAGUUUCCCACGACCUGUGCACAACAGAAUUCCCAAUUUCAAGGUAGCAGCUCAUGCUUGUAAAAGACUCCCAGAUCUGCAGAAGUUCAGAUCCAGCAGAGUGAUCAAAUGCUAUCCCCAAUUUCAGGGUGCACUGGAGGCAUGUGCUAAGGUGUCACUCUUUGAGAUCUUCAUCAAAGCUGCUGUGGUCAAGGUAGAUCCUGAUAAACCGCUAGAAGGGGUUCGACUAGCUUCUCUGCAGGCAAGAAAAACAUUGCUUGUUCCAACUCCUCGGCUAAAAACUGGAUUAUUUAACAGGAUAAUUCCACCAAAAGGUGCAACCAAAGAAGAACUGCGUGUUUGUUCUACGUCUCAGGGUAUUAAAGAGUUCAGUGUUCCAGUUGGUUUGGAUGACAAAGUUUAUGUGGAUCUUGUCGUAGUUGGAUCAGUGGCUGUAUCUGAAAAAGGCUACAGAAUUGGAAAAGGUGAAGGCUUUGCAGACAUGGAAUAUGCUAUGAUGGCAUGCAUGGGAGCCAUGUGUGAAUCCACUGUGGUCAUCACCAUUGUUCAUGAUUGCCAGGUUGUGGACAUUCCAGAGGAACUCAUUGAAAGUCAUGACCUCACAGUUGACUUUAUUCUAACUCCAACAAGAAUCAUCAGAACUGAAUGCUUAUACCCCAAACCACAAGGCAUCAUUUGGUCAAAGUUACACACAGAAAUACUGAAGAAAAUACCCAUUCUGAAGAAACUAAGAACACUGGAGCAGGCUGCUGGGGAAGAUGUUACUUUAAAGACAAUGCCUGCUGAAGAGGAUGAAACUAAGAUAUCCAGCAAGCUAAAAUGGCAGCCUAAUUGUCAUCAUAAAGCUGAGCUGCAAUGUGAAGAUUUAUCUUCUGAAGAUAACAAGUGUGCUGGAUUUGACCACAAAUUUCCUAAAAGUUCUGUCACCACUAUAUGCCUGAGUAACGUUCCAGCUGGUUUACGUGUGAGUGAGUUGAAAAGCUUGCUCAGAGAACAAGAAGCUGUUCCUCUGAGAAUCAGCUGGCAGGGGACAAAGCACAGAGCAUUCCUGCUGUACCCUGAUUACACUAGUGCAGAGCACGCUCUCACUGCUUUUGAAAAGCUCUCCAUUAAUGGCCGCACCCUACAUGCUGAAUGUGCCAGGAGUCAGAGGCCAAAGACCCAGAGAGGAUACCAGAUGGGGUGGUAAAAGGUUCCAUGCUUCUAUAGAGGAUAGUGUAUUUAAUCCAGCAUUCUGAUCUGUAUACCUUUCUAAACAAGAAUUUACAUUUCUAUUUUUUUUUAUCUAUAACUCUCUUGUAUGCUUGCAAAUGGUUAACUCUCACACAAUAAAUAUAAGAAUCUUUAAAAAGCAUGUCAUGAAAACGUCAUGAAAGUUCUGCUAAAAGUGUCUGAAAGUGUUUAUUAUGCUGCUGCUUUUUUUUUUUAAGUGUCUAUUCUUAUACAUUUCUUGUUAAAAAUAAACAGUGUUUAUAAAUGGG